CACAAGCGCGAGCCUCAAGAGCUGCGUUUGAUUUGGAUCAAUACCCAAGCGACCAACAAAAAGAGCUCCGAACAUGGGUGACAAGAAGGAAGAGUUCAAGGCAGGUAUUAUGGACCGCAAGCGGUCGCCGAACCGUCUGGUGGUUGACGAGGCCACAAACGAUGACAACUCGGUCAUUGCUUUGAGCAUGGCGAAGAUGGAGGAGCUACAGCUCUUUCGCGGCGACACGGUGCUUAUUAAGGGCAAAAAGGGACACGACACUGUCUGUGUGGUGUUGCAGGACGAGACAGUUGACGACAACAAUGUCCGUAUGAACAAGGUGGUGCGUAAGAACCUGCGCGUGCGUCUGGGCGACGUCGUGGGCAUCCACACGUGCGGCGACGUGCCCUACGGCAAGCGCAUCCACGUUCUACCAAUUGACGACACGAUCGAGGGUGUGUCAGGCAACUUGUUCGACGUGUACCUUAAGCCCUACUUCGUAGAGGCCUACCGUCCCGUCAAGAAGGGUGAUCUCUUCCUUGUGCGUCAAGCGAUGCACCCUGUGGAGUUUAAGGUCGUGGAGACGGAGCCUGCUCCGUACUGUAUCGUCGCUCCGGACACAAUUAUCCACUGUGAGGGCGAACCAGUGCGUCGUGAGGACGAAGAGAAGAUGGACGAGGUCGGAUACGAUGAUAUCGGCGGCUGUCGGCGUCAGAUGGCUCAGAUUCGAGAGAUGAUUGAGCUGCCUCUGCGUCACCCGACGUUGUUUAAAACACUGGGUGUCAAGCCUCCGCGUGGUGUGCUGCUGUACGGUCCUCCGGGCUCUGGUAAGACGUUGAUCGCUCGUGCUGUAGCCAACGAGACUGGCGCGUUCUUUUUUCUGAUCAAUGGCCCCGAGAUCAUGUCCAAGAUGGCUGGAGAGUCUGAAAGUAACCUGCGUAAAGCCUUUGAAGAAGCCGAGAAGAACGCCCCGGCUAUUAUCUUCAUCGAUGAGAUCGACUCGAUCGCCCCGAAGCGUGAGAAAACCAAUGGAGAAGUGGAACGUCGUAUUGUGUCGCAGUUGCUGACGCUUAUGGACGGACUGAAGCAACGCGCCAGUGUCGUGGUGAUCGGCGCAACGAACCGUCCCAACAGUAUGGACCCUGCUUUGCGUCGCUUUGGACGCUUCGACCGUGAGAUUGAUAUUGGCGUCCCGGAUGAGAACGGACGUCUCGAGAUCUUCCGUAUCCACACGCGUAACAUGAAGCUGGACGACGAUGUGGACCCGGAGAUGAUUGCUCGUGAUACGCAGGGCUUUGUGGGAGCCGAUAUGGCGGCGCUGUGCACGGAGGCGGCCCUGCAGUGUAUCCGCGAGAAGAUGGAUGUGAUCGAUAUUGAGGACGAGACUAUUGACGCCGAGAUCCUGGAUGCUAUGGCUGUCACUCAGGCCCACUUCAAGUACGCGCUGGGUGUGUCCAACCCGUCGUCUCUACGUGAGACGACGGUGGAGGUGCCGACAGUCACGUGGAAGGACAUCGGUGGACUGGAGAGUGUCAAGCGCGAGCUGCUGGAGCUGGUACAGUACCCCGUGGAACACCCGGAGAAGUUUGAGAAGUACGGACUCAGUCCGUCCAAGGGUGUUCUCUUUUAUGGUCCGCCUGGUUGCGGUAAAACGCUGCUGGCUAAGGCUGUGGCUAACGAAUGCCAAGCCAACUUCAUCUCCAUUAAGGGUCCGGAGCUAUUGACCAUGUGGUUCGGUGAGUCCGAAGCUAACGUCCGUGAGGUGUUCGACAAGGCUCGUGGUGCUGCUCCCUGUGUGCUGUUCUUUGAUGAGCUAGACUCGAUCGCGCAGCAGCGUGGCAGCAGCUCGGGUGAUGCUGGAGGCGCUGGCGACCGUGUGAUGAACCAGCUUCUAACAGAGAUGGACGGUAUGGGUGCUAAGAAGAACGUGUUCAUUAUCGGAGCCACGAACCGCCCCGACAUUAUCGACCCCGCUCUCAUGCGUCCUGGCCGUCUGGAUCAGCUUAUUUUCAUCCCCAUGCCGGACUUUGAGUCGCGUCUAAGCAUUCUGCGCUCGGUGUUGCGUAAAAGUCCCGUGUCCAAGGAGGUAGACCUGAACUUCUUGGCUCAGCAGACGGACAAGUUCUCGGGCGCUGAUCUGACGGAGAUCUGCCAGCGUGCUGCCAAGCUGGCGAUCCGUGAGAGUAUUGCCCGUGACAUGGAGCGCGACCGCCUCCGUGCCGAGGCUGGGGACGAGAUGGAAGAUAUCGAGGAGGAGGACCCGGUGCCUGAGAUUACGCCGCGCCACUUCGAGGAGGCCGUGCGCAACGCGCGCCGCUCGGUCAGUGACCGCGACUUGGCUCAAUACUCGACCUUCGCACAGACGCUACAGCAAGCACGUUCGCAUGUGACUGCGGGUGGAACUUCGUUAGCCAACUUUUCGUUCCCUGGCCGUAACGUCAAUGCUGGUGUUGCCGGUGGUGCUGCCGACGCUGCUGCCGAAGAGGACGAGGAGGAUCUCUACAGCUAAGCGAUAUGUAUCUGGCAACGUGUACUAGCAGCAAGAACCGAGGGAGAGUCGAUUAUCAGGGUGAAGAGGUUCUAGAGCGAGUGCGAGCAGGAAAUGACUUCUAAUACACUAUUGCCAUGCUUGUUGAAUCAA